ACGCUUACCAAUACUGCGUAACUUUUUACCUAAAAUAAAGACUGCGAGAUGGCUGAAACUAAAGCCAAUCCCUUCGACAUGGACAGCUCCAGUUUCGACGCUGAAAAGUAUCUGGAGAGACUGCUGAAGGACUGUUCCCUAAAGCAAAUCAUGGACACGGAAGCGGCGGUGGUGAAGGACACCCAAACUUUGCAUUCGGACAUGCAGACUCUGGUCUACGAGAACUACAAUAAAUUUAUAUCCGCCACGGACACGAUUCGCCGGAUGAAAGACGACUUCAAGCAGAUGGAAACGGAUGUGAAUCUGCUGAUGACCAAGAUGCAAUCCAUAACCACAUUCAGUGAGCAGAUCACUGGGACCCUGCAGGGCACCAGAUCGCAGCUAUGUCGCCUGUCCGAGAAGCAUUCGCUGCUAAAGCGGCUGCAGUUCCUCUCCACGCUCCCGGCCAAACUGAAAUCCCUGAUCGAGGAGGAAAACUACGCCCAGGCUGUCCAGGAUUACCUGCACGCCCAGAAGGUGUUCGCGCAAUACGGCAGGCAGCCCUCGUUCGACGGCAUCCAGCGAGAUUGCGAUGCCAUCAUGUCGGACCUGAAGGAGCUACUGCGGAAGGACUUUCAACGAGCGGGCAAUACGGCCCAAUCGUUGACAGAGAUCGGGGAAUUGCUCCUACAGCUGGACGAGAAGACCUCGGAUCUGGCCAGCGAGAUGCUGACCUGCGCGGGCAAGCGACUGCACGAGCAGAUCGUCAUGCUGGAAGAUCAGACGGAGCGCGAUAUGCUGGAGUUUGUGGACAUGGGCAUCGAUGGCUUCCUCAACGAUCUGGCGCUGGUCGUGACCUCCUACUUCGACAUGUUUGUGGCCAAGCACUACGAGCAAGAGCGUGACGACUUCCAGGAGAACGCCCUGCUGGACCUGAAUGUCUUUCUUAACCAGAACAUCGACAAGUACCUGACUCUCGUCCAGGAUCGUGUUGAAUCCGACAUUGGCUACGGGGACACCCAGGUGAUGCUGCGUGCUCUGGAUCGCCUGCAUCGGCGCCUGCAAGCCAUGCGGAACAUCUGCCGCGGCUUGGAAGUUAAACGCAACACGGUCUCCAUUAUAAUUUCGGCUGCCCACCAACUAUGCGAUGCCCAUGCUAAGAACCUCAAGGAUCACUUUGCCGAUAGUCUGAGUGCGGUUCGAUUGUCCUUGGUUUCCGCCAAAAGCGAUGCAGCUGCUGGUCUAAAUCUAAGCGAUCUGAUCAGCAACCUGUACGUGGCCAUGGUGGAGAAGAUCAAGGGCGUGCUGCAGGAUUUGCUUAUAUUCCUGCGCACCGACUGGUCGUUCAACAUUAAGGCAGAGCACAAGGGCGCUCUGUGCGUGGAGGGCAUUCGGGAGAAUCUGCUGAUAGGCUUUCUGCGCCAUAUCGCCAAGGUGAUGUGUGGAUUCGGAGAUGCCUCUAGCUCUAGUCCACCGAAUCUGCUGCUAGUGCUGUCCAAAACGUGUCUGGAACUGGAGCAGCAGGGCGUGCACAUACUGAUCGCUUUGGUGGAUGACCUCUAUGAAAUCGACUCGGAGAACAGUGCCACAUUAACCCACGAAACCGAGAUCUGUGCGGAGAUGCGGGAAACGGCUCAGGCACUCCUAGACUCUUAUGUGCGGCUGCAGGGCACUAACAUCUCACAAAUGCUGCGCAAGAGCGUUGAGACAAGGGAUUGGCUCAACUGCCUGGAACCGCGAUCGGUGCGAGCGGUGAUGAAACGCGUGGUGGAGGAGCUGGGCAGCAUCGAGACGGUGGUGGCCAGUCUCUACGAGGCAACCACGAAUACUGCGUCUGGAUUCCGCACCACAGCCAGCAGCGAUUCCAGCCGUAAAACAUACUUCAGUAACUUUGCUUCCACCUCCAAGCCACAGUACCGAUCCAAUUGGUCAAACUACACGCCCUCGCAGCUGGAAUCCAGCUAUGUGUCUAACAUACAUCGCCUGUUUUCGGAGCGAGUGGAGAUCUUUACUUCGGUGGAGUUCACCAAGGCUUCAAUCGUGAUGGGCAUCAUUAAAAUUGGGCUUAAGACCCUCUUGGAGUGCGUGAGGUUAAGAACAUUCAGUAAAUAUGGACUGCAGCAGAUCCAGGUGGAUGCGCACUACCUGCAAAUGAACCUCUGGCGCUUUGUUAGCGAUGAAAACCUGGUCAACUUCCUUCUGGACGAGAUCCUUGGCUCAGCUGUCCAACGUUGCUUGGAGUCCGUUUUAAUGGAGCCCAAUGCUGUGGAAAUCAUUUGUGAACGGGGUUAGUAUUGGCUCCCAAAACUGAAUAAUGCAACAUUCCACUUAAAAUCUCCGUCUAUUUUGUAAAACGCUGCUAGCCUAAGGAUCUUAAAUUAAACGUCUUUGCUUGCAAAAUACAUAGUAAAAACGAACUUGGCGGAAUGGAAACUGAGAGA